AUGCCGUGUCGCUGCGCCCACGCGUCGAUUGUGAUGCCCGGUCGCAUCGGAACCGAAGGCGGGCGGAAAGCUCGGAAGGCGCACUUCGGGGAGUACCUGCUGAGGCAGCAAAUGUUGCACGCGGCAUCGUUGAGCGGUUUGCAGCACCGAGUUGGGGCGGACGCCGAGCCGCCGGCGUGCGAUGCGCGUCUGCUCAACGCUGAGCUGUGGCGCCGCUUCCACGACAUAGGCACCGAGAUGAUCAUCACCAAGGGGGGCCGCCAUCGCGUCGCAAUGAGCGCGAACGGCAAAAAGUCGGUUCCCUCGCCGGAGUCCGCCGCCGCGGCCGCGUCCGCUGUCGGCUUUUUGCCGGCGCGGGCGCAGCAAUUAGUCCGCACCGUCCGCGGCGUGGCCGUGACGUCACGCAGCCCCGGGCGGACCACCGCAGCUCCGCCACGA